AUGGAAAAAAAACCUGAAACUUGGGACAGUGUCUCCCCACCCCCAGGUCCGAUAAGCAGCAUUUUGGUGAAUAAAUAUGGCAGCCGACCAGUAAUGAUAGCAGGAGGUAUACUCUGUUCUUUGGGAAUGAUUUCUGCUUCUUUUUGUAAUAGCGUAAUACAACUUUACCUCUGUGUGGGAUUUGUUGGAGGUUUGGGCUUAGCUUUCAACCUACAACCUGCCUUAACCAUGAUUGGCAAGUACUUUUACCAUAAAAGGCCCAUUGCUAAUGGAUUGGCCAUGGCUGGAAGUCCUGUGUUCUUAAGUACACUUGCACCUUUCAAUCAGUUUCUAUUCAAUCAUUUUGGCUGGAAAGGGAGCUUCUUGGUCUUGGGAGGACUCCUUUUGAACUGUUGUGUGGCUGGGUCACUCAUGAGACCUAUUGGACCCCAACAAGCUCCUGUUAAAAAAGAUGUGGAGAAAGAAAUGGGAGAGUCAAUUCUACAGCAAAACAAGAAGAAGAAGAAGAAAUCACCAUGUCAGUCCAUCAAUAAAUAUUUAGACCUGUCUCUUUUCAAACACAGAGGCUUCCUGAUUUACCUCUCAGGAAAUGUCAUUAUGUUCGUUGGGUUUUUUGCACCAAUUGUGUUUCUGGCACCAUAUGCAAAGCACAAGGGAAUUGAUGAAUAUUCUGCAGCCUUUUUGCUGUCCAUCCUAGCCUUUGUAGAUAUGUUUGCUCGGCCUUCCAUGGGUCUAUUGGCAAACUCCAAGUUUAUUCGGCCUCGUAUCCAAUAUUUCUUCAGUUUUGCGAUAUUAUAUAAUGGCAUCUGUCAUCUCUUGUGCCCUCUGGCAGAAGACUACACUGGCCUGGUGGUAUAUGCUGUAUUUUUUGGCUUUUCUUUUGGCAUGGUCAGCAGCGUCCUCUUUGAAACGCUCAUGGACCUCGUUGGUGCUGCGAGGUUCUCCAGUGCAGUGGGUCUUGUCACCAUUGUGGAAUGUUGCCCUGUUCUCAUUGGUCCUCCAUUAGCAGGUAAAUUGGUGGAUGAAACUGGAGAAUAUAAGUACAUGUAUUUUUGCUGUGGGGUGAUCGUGACUAUAGCUAGUAUUUGGCUGUUUAUUGGCAAUGCUUUCAACUAUAGGCUGCUGGAAAAGGAAAGAAAGUUAGAAGAAGAAAAACAGAAAGCUCUAAACCAUGCUGACUCCAAGGAAGUGGAGCCCUUGACCAAUAAGGAAAACGAUGAUGUUUCAACUCGAGCUACCAAAGUACUAGAUGAUCCCUCAGAAAGAGAAACAAAUAUUUAAUGGGAAUCAUCCCUCAGAUGUCAGUGUUUCCAAUUUCCCUUAAAAUACAGGGAAAAUUUUUUUAGUUGCAAUGAUCAGCCAUAGUUAUUGACCGAGAUAGAAUUUUGUUAAAUGACAAGAUUCUAAUUAGUUUGUUAUCAACAGCUUUUUUAUUUUUAUUUUUUUGUG